AUGAAGAACAUAUAUUGUAUUAGUAUUGUUUUAAUCGCUAUUUCUAUAUGCUUAGUAUGGAGCGAAACUAAUGUAACUCCUUCGGAACAAUGCGAGGGUCAGAAUUUUGAGGGGCUGCGUGAGAGAAUUCAAGUAAAACCAUGUUCAAAGAAGGGUUGCAAGCUUCGAAAAGGCACCAAUACUACAGUCAUAUUCAAAUUCAAGCCCGAACACGAGGUGAAAACUCUCGUAAACGAUGUGUAUGCCAUUGUGGCGGGUCUGCCGCUUCCCUUCCUCGGUGUCACCGGUGCUAGUGCCUGUGCUCAUGUGACCAGAAGCAGUGACGGUUCCCCGGUGUCCUGUCCCCUUGCCGCUGGAGAAGAAUAUACCUACUCCAACGUCUUCCCGAUCGAGUCCUAUUACCCCAACGUAGAUUUAAGAGUACAUUGGGCGCUUCUAGAUGGCAAAAAGAAUGUUAUUUGCUUUGAAGUACCCGCUGUCAUCACGCCAGCGAGGAGAAAUUGA